AUGAGGCCGGGGCCGGGGCCGAGGCGGAGACGGCGGCGCAGGACGCCGUGGAGCCGCCGAAGCUGGCCGAGGGCUACUUCGAGAUCGAGGCCAUCCGCCGCCGCCGCCUCCGCAAGGGCCAGCUCCAGUACCUCGUCAAGUGAUACUCAGUAGUGCGGAUUCUCGCCCCAUUUGUUUCUUCUGGGCCUGGUCUGGUGUUUACUGCGCUACAUUUGCGUCUUGGAUGGGGAUCGAAGAAGCGGCUUGCGUUGAAUUCCUCUGGAAAGUUUCGUUGCUUUAUUUAUUUUUUGUUUUAUGGAAUGCUUUUCCUCGUCUGGUCUAUGAUUUUAAUCUGCUGGUGGUGUUCUGCAUUCGAUUAUCAGCAUGGCUUGGUUCCGUCGAUCUACCCUCUUUCCAUGCUCUCGGGACGUUUCUAGUGCCGAGUCGAUGUUAAGUUGUGAACUCCACACUCAAGAAUGGCGGUUUGGCAAUGUGGCAAUGUUCUACUGAAGUUCUUUUAUUUGUGCUGUUAAAUAGAGCGUAUGUUGCUGCAUCUUGCAAUUUGGUGGCCAAAUUUGCUGAAUUCUAUAUCCCUAACAAUCCGAUGUCAUUUAUAAGGCGUGGAUGGCCGGAGAGUGCUAACACAUGGGAACCCCUUGAAAACCUGAAGGCCUGCUCGGACAUUGUUGAUGCUUUUGAUAAGAGGUCACGGUCGCCAAGGUCCUCUCGGAAGCGAAAACGUAAGACUGCAACUACUCCAACAUCAGAUCCUAACCCUUCUCGGGGAAAACGGGGUCGCCCACCUCGGUCGGAGGCCCGGUCCAUGACAGGACCUCAUGCCCCAGAGCCCAAGAAAUUGCCCUGCAGGACAAGUAGUAGGAGAGCCAGUAAUAAUGGUAACAAGACCUUGUUUGGUGAACUCGAGGCAUCAGUGAAUGUGCUUGGGCAAAGAGUAGUACAGGAGGGUAGUUCCGGUGUGGUUUCAGUUGGGUUUCCAUCACAAGGGGUUCCUCUAUCUGUUAGCUUGACUGACCAACAAGACGAGCAUCAUCCUGCAAAUGGUUCAUCAAAGGUGGAAAAUUCAGUACGAGCAGCCCCAUCUCAGGGUGGCCAGAUAACUGGUGCAAAGAAGCGUAAGUCUGGGUGUGUUAGGAGGUUCAAGCAGGAUGAAGCAGCAAUACAAGAGCAAGGAGGCACAAGUGACAAGCCAGGCAACGAGUAUGUUGAUUCCACAGAAGGAGAAACUGGUGAUAAGAACAAGGGGGAGGACUCUGCUAGCCAAAUUCAUAAUCCUAAGAUCCUCAAGAUCAUCAAGCCAGUGCGCUAUUUUGCCACUGUUUUGGAUGGCGUGCAGCAAGUUGCAAUAACGUUCAAGGCACUCAGGUCUGAUGGAACAGAAGUAUUAGUAGAUGAUAAGCAGUUGAAAGCUAAGGAGCCCUUAGUGCUUAUAGAAUACUAUGAGCAGCACCUUCGUUAUAACCCCACCUCGACACAUUGAAGCUACUGUGUUCAGUUGCCUGUGCUACCCCUAUGCCUGGAACGGAUGGAGAUGUAUUUAAUGUAGCAUUUUUUUUGUGCUAGAUAUAUCUGUAGCUCGAUUCAGUAGUGGAUUGUUAGUCUGGCACUCUUGUGAUGUAGUCCUUGUGCUGAGUGCGCGUAAACUUCGAUGUUAUGUCAUGGUAUGCUGUGCCAAUUUAACCCGGACGUUUUUGUGCGUAUUAUAUGCUAAGAAGUUAGUUAAUUGGAUCCUCUGCGCUUGCUAUUGGACGACUGGACGUGAAGCAUUUUCCAAGUCUGAAUCAAAUCUGCCAUGUGCUUUGCCAUUGGCCUGGUACUGUGUUCCAGGUCAUGGUUGGGUGUCUAAGUUGAUUUGCCCUGUACAUGAUCGGGUUCAAAAUUCAAGGCUUGGAUAACAUGACGUAUACGACCUGUGAAGUGUGCUGUUUUCUGUUAUUAAACACGCUUCUAAAUGUUA